GGAGACCUUGAAUGCAUCAUCAAGAAGGCCCUGACUACCGACAGAAGUCACAAUUAGCGUAACAGCAAGCUAACACAUUAGUUAGCCUCUUAAUUAUUAAAAACCUAAAGUUCAGUACUAUUUAUGUCAAACACGAUGCCACACCAAACAGUUCGGUGAAAUAACUUGGUCGAAAACGCAAGUAUUCGGUUUCUCAAGGAAAGAAACACGUGUUCAAAACAGAAACCAUGAUAGAUAUCGAAGUUCAGGUUGAUGUCCAACUCGCCUCAGAUCAUCAAAAAUAUGCGGGCCAGCAGGAGGACAUGUGUGGGGAGAAGGAGUCCGACUGUACGGAGAGCCUUCAUCAUCCCGCACAAAAAGAGGAGAGGGACGCACUGCUGUUAUUGGCUGAUGUUGCUCUGCUGCCCCACCGUGGUGAUGACGUGCCCUGCAGCCAUGACAAUGAGGCCUGUUGCUGUUUGGAGGUCAGAAACCUUGAGAGGAGCCUGCAGUCCAUGCAGCUGCAGCUCCAGUUCCUCUUGAGUAAAGCUGAUUGCUUUCUCAACUGCCUGGUCAAUGGACAAGUUGAUCAAACCAGUAAGGCUCCUGCGGAGGAAGUGCAGCGUUUUCUCUACACUUGUCAGCCAUACUUCAACCAUGUGGAAUCCACAACUAGGAGCACUAUGUCCCUUCACAAACAUCUGCCCUUUGACAUCUAUGCCAGGCUGUUGGACUUCUCUCAGCAGCUGUGUGACAGGCUGGAGCAGCUGGUGUUGACCAUUGCCAGCUACAAUCUUGUCUGCUUGGAUGAGGCCAAUCCUGACAGUGUUUCUCACUUCUGCAUCGGACAGAGUCAGCUUGGUCAGCUAAGGCUGACUGUGUUCCUCUACUGUAAGCUGACGCCGUACAUGUCCAAGGUAAACACCGGCCUGUACAAACGCAUGCGCUGGAAUGUGGAAAGACUCAGAGAAGACGUGAUGCAACUCCAACAAGAAGCAGCAGAUGAUACAAGUGGAGAGAGAGAGGACAGAGAGCAAGAGACAGUUGGUGACACAGAGUAUUACUUCCUAUGCUGCGAGGAUACUCCUAACCCACACAAUACAGCUGCCAGGGAAGGUCAUGGUGUCUCCGACAGUGACGUUGUGAGGAUGUGGUCCAUCGGUCAGUGGGUGCAGGUGAACCCUGACCCCAGCACACAGGACAUUUUCGACUGGAUCUUGUGUGACGUUCCUCAGGGCUCCUAUCACAGGCUGUUGUAUUUUGGCAGUGAAGAGCCGUUGAGCUGCAUUGCUACAGAUCACCUGCACAAGCUGCUGAAGUCACACCUCGAUACUGGACUGAUUUAGAUCAGUCAGUACGAGAUGGAAGCGUCCUCAAGCUCACUACAAGUUUUUCUGUUUAUGUGAGAUGGUAAGCUUGAACAUCUGCUUUUCGGAUGCUAGGACAUAAAUGCUCGAGCCGGAUUUACAAGCAUGUCAGGUCUGUAAAUUAUGACAGUGCUGUGGCGCAUUUAGGAGCUACUGGGUUGUCCCCAUUAAAAGUUGAUAGAGCCUGUGUUGUCCUUACAUUUUGUGACCAGGGUUGUUUCUGAAAAGUUGUGUUCGUUGUGACAAGUGUUUCACUAAUACUGGCUGCACAUUUUUAUGUCACUUUAUUGUGUUCAGAGUGUUGUUGUUGUGAGUUUUAAAACAGUUUUAUAUAAGUUUGUAAAUAUUUUAUUUUUCUACAGUUUGCAAUUUUAAGAGCAUGUUGUGUUGUAAAAAAGAAAGUUGAGAAGUGUUAUUAAAAAAAACGUUUUAUUUACACAAAA